GAAAAAACGUACAAGGAAGGCCUUUGGAAUACGGAAGAAAGAAAAGGACACUGAUUCUACAGGUUCACCAGAUAGAGAUGGAAUUCAGGGGAAAAAAAAGACCCAGAAGACUCAGCUUCUCCUCACCUCUUGCUUCUGGCUCAGAGCCCUCUCGUUAACUCUGUCUCAGAAGAAAAGCAAUGGGGCACCAAAUGGAUUUUAUGCGGAAAUUGAUUGGGAAAGAUAUAACUCACCUGAGCUGGAUGAAGAAGGCUACAGCAUCAGACCCGAGGAACCCGGCUCUACCAAAGGAAAGCACUUUUAUUCUUCGAGUGAAUCGGAAGAGGAAGAAGAAUCACAUAAGAAAUUUAAUAUCAAGAUUAAACCAUUGCAAUCUAAAGACAUUCUUAAGAAUGCUGCAACUGUAGAUGAAUUGAAGGCAUCAAUAGGCAACAUCGCACUUUCCCCAUCACCAGUGGGUGCAAUUAAAAGGAACUUAUCCAGUGAAGAAGUGGCAAGACCCAGACGUUCCACACCAACUCCAGAACUUAUAAGCAAAAAGCCUCCGGAUGACACUAUAGCCCUUGCUCCUCUCUUUGGCCCACCACUAGAAUCAGCUUUUGAUGAACAGAAGACGGAAGUUCUUUUAGAUCAACCUGAGAUAUGGGGUUCAGGCCAACCAAUUAAUCCAAGCAUGGAGUCGCCAAAGUUAACAAGGCCUUUUCCCACUGGAACACCUCCACCACUGCCUCCAAAAAAUGUACCAGCUACCCCACCCCGAACAGGAUCCCCCUUAACAAUUGGACCAGGUGCAUCAUCCCCUGCUCGACCAGCCACUCCUUUGGUUCCUUGCAGCAGUACCACUCCACCUCCACCCCCUCCCCGGCCUCCAUCCCGACCAAAGCUACCUCCAGGAAAGCCUGGAGUUGGAGAUGUGUCCAGACCUUUUAGCCCUCCCAUUCAUUCUUCCAGCCCUCCUCCAAUAGCACCCUUAGCGCGAGCUGAAAGCACUUCUUCAAUAUCGUCAACCAAUUCCUUGAGCGCAGCCACUACUCCCACAGUUGUGUCAGAAGAUGAUGUUUUUUAUGACAAACUGCCCUCGUUUGAAAGGCGCUGUGAAACGCCUGCAGGCUCUUCCAGGGGACCCAGCCCCCUAACCAUGGGAGCCCAGGACACGCUCCCUGUUGCAGCAGCAUUUACAGAAACAGUCAAUGCCUACUUCAAAGGAGCUGAUCCAAGCAAAUGUAUCGUUAAGAUUACUGGAGAAAUGGUGUUGUCCUUUCCUGCUGGCAUCACCAGACACUUUGCCAACAACCCAUCCCCAGCUGCUCUGACUUUUCGGGUGAUAAAUUUCAGCAGGUUAGAACACGUCCUGCCAAACCCCCAACUUCUCUGCUGUGAUAAUACACAAAAUGAUGCCAAUACCAAGGAAUUCUGGGUAAAUAUGCCAAAUUUGAUGACUCACCUAAAGAAAGUGUCUGAACAAAAACCCCAGGCUACAUAUUAUAACGUCGACAUGCUCAAAUAUCAGGUGUCUGCCCAGGGUAUUCAGUCCACGCCUCUGAACCUGGCAGUGAAUUGGCGAUGUGAGCCUGCAAGCACUGACCUGCGCAUAGAUUACAAAUACAACACAGAUGCAAUGACCACCGCUGUGGCCCUCAACAAUGUGCAGUUCCUGGUCCCCAUCGACGGAGGCGUAACCAAGCUCCAGGCAGUGCUCCCACCAGCAGUCUGGAAUGCUGAACAACAAAGAAUAUUGUGGAAGAUUCCUGAUAUCUCUCAGAAGUCAGAAAACGGAGGGGUGGGUUCUUUGUUGGCAAGAUUUCAGUUAGCAGAAGGCCCAAGCAAACCUUCUCCAUUAGUUGUGCAGUUCACAAGUGAAGGAAGCACCCUUUCUGGCUGUGACAUUGAACUUGUUGGAGCAGGGUAUCGAUUUUCACUCAUCAAGAAAAGGUUUGCUGCAGGAAAAUACUUGGCAGAUAACUAAUAAAAUCUCAUGCAAGGAUUUGGAAGAUUCAUAUAUUGGAGAACUGAUAUAUGAGAAACAGGUUUUAAUUUGGGUUUAAUGAAAACAAACCAAUAUCUGCACUUGGGAUAUAGCAGGUGGAAAGUCAAUGACUUUCAGCUGUGAUUUCCCUCACACAAUACCUUGAUGACCAGUCCUACAGUAUUUGCUUCUAGGUGUAAUAUUGUUAAUGGUUUUAAAAUGUAAUUAUUGUAUUUGUAAAUUGUACUCUCAUUCCAGUAAGGCAGUUAGACACUUGAGUUUUAGCAUUUUACCAUUCCUGAAAUGGAUGUAAUUUAAACUGUGGUAUGUAAAUUUAAUAGUAGUAUUGUUGAAUGGCACAAUGCUUACAGAGGUAGAUUGCAUUUUGUCAAUAUAUAAAAUUUAAAUAUAAUAUUGAUAGCUGUCAUAAAGGGGGUGCCACAUAUUAAAGAAACUUAAGUGGAACCAGAAGAAAAAGAAACAAACUUACUUUUCUUCAAUCCUUAGUAUGUUUUACUCUAGUGCUAAAUAUAAAUUCUAUCUUCAAAUGUUUAGUGGGUUAAAUUGAGAAACUAUUUCAGAAAAAAAAUUCUAAGGUUACAGCAUAUUCCAAAAAAAAGCAUUAGUUACCACUUUUUAAAGAGCUUUUUUUUCAAACUGCAAAUUUCAUAAAAAUGCAAACUGUGUAAACAGGGCCUCUUAUUUUUAUAACUUGUGUAAAAAGGGAAAGCAAUUCAUAUUUAAAGUUUAAGUAUAUUAAAUUAUAAUCAAGAGUAAAGAAGAUGUUGAAGUCUUAACUCCUUGCCCCUCUCUACAGUUUAGCAAAUGUGGAGAUUGCUGAAUAAUCAGAUGAAAACCAAAAUUGUGGUUUUAAGAUUUCAAGACUUUCCAUAGUUGAACUGGUUAACAGCUUUUGAUCAAUUACUCUGAAUAGAUAGAUGGUCUUACUCAUCCAGUAUGGAGGAAUGAUAUUUUGCAUCUUCCUCUUUACCCACAGGAAUCAAAACACUGAGACUGAGAAUUAAAAAAAAAAAAAAAAAAAAAAAAAAAGUCCCCUCUUUAAAUCCAGAAGGAGAGUUUUAAUCAUUGUUUAUGUCAUUUGAGAAUGGAAAAAUAAACUUUAUAAAUGAAAUUCUAUUCACAUUACUGUGUGAUAAAUUUCCUUUUGGAUGAUUAGGAUUCAUUGUAUAAAACUAAAUCUUUGCCAUUCUCAGAGAAUCAAGAGGAGAGUUAUCCAAAAUGUAUGUCAUUUCAUGGUUGCAAGGUAUAAUAAAAACUGCAAUUAUUCAAUCUGGUCCCACAAUAUGAACAUUUAGAAAGACGAACUUCUUCAGGAAUCUCAGUUGUAAAACCUUCCCUCGUUAAGCUCUGAAAAUGAUAGUCUUCCUUUAAGUCAUAUUUAAACAUAAACCAAUUUCUAUUAUAGGUUAUGCUGUUAAAUAACUAUAAUUAUUAAGUAUUAUUUUUAUAAUUAGUUGUUAAAUUUCAUUUUAUAUCCACUCAAAUUUAACAAAUAAUCUUUAGCCCCUUUAAAUUUUAGAAUCAAAUUAAAUUUUUAAAGUCUUGCUUCUAAAAUGAGAUUGUGACUGGCAGUUGUUUAUAGUGAAAUUUUUUAAUUAAUCUUUGUACUCCUCUAUUAGUGCUUGCUACCAAGAGACUGUUCAAAAUGAUUUGUUUUACCUUGGAAAAAUUCUUACUAUUCAACAAACUCUCUCUUGGCUCCCUAAAGCAGUCUGGUGUUGAAGCUUCUUUAAACAAACUAAUUAAUAUAUUCCUUUUAUGUAAAGGUAUCCAAUUUGAUUUUGAAACCAAAAUAGAAAAUGCAAGAUUUUAAAUUCCGUGAAACAUGGAAUUUAUGAUGCUAAAAUCAAUGGAGAGUAAGCAGCAGAAAAUUGAGAAUUAUCCAGCAUAUGAAUAUAAAAAUGUGUUUUUUAAGUAAUCAGUUCAUUUAAAAAAUUGAAUAUUAAUACAAAGCAUAUUAAAAAUAUGUACAUAUUACUGGUUCUCAUGUCUUUGCAUUUGUAUUUUAUUUUGUUUUAUUUUAUAUAGAUCUAGAAUGAAUUAGUAAUUAAACCCAGGGUUUUUUUCCCAAAAAAAUAAUUUUAUUGAUUUUUUAAAAUGUAAUUAAAAACAUAGAUUACAGUAAUCUCUAACAUUAUUCAAAUGUUUCUAGGGACUAAAUUAGAAACUGUGAAGAAAUCCUAUGAUCCCUUAAUUGGUCUUUAUGAAACAGAAUGGGAGUCAGCAAUUUCAAAAUGAUUAAACUUUGAAUAACCAGAAUCUCAAUAGAAAAUGUAUACCUUCACCUUUCAGAAAAGAGAUCAAAUAAUAACACAAUAAGCUGGUAUCAGGGAUUUGCAUUUUGACAUUUUGUUUUGUUUUGUUAAUUUGAUAGGUUAUAAUAUCCUGUUAAUCUAUAUCCACAGUACUGUAGAAUAAGCAUUCAUAUCCUGAAAAAUGAUCCUACGCAAUGGAAGAGUCUGUUAUUAAAGACAUAUUAAGUCAGAUCAUUUAUUUAUUUUAUUCUCAAAUCAGAAUAAAAUAAACUGCUAUGUAUUAAAACGACUUUCAGUACUAAGGGUUAAAACAAAAAGAAAUGGUCCUAGUUAACCAGAACGCCAUUUCCUGAAUGUUAUAAUCUUUAAAAGGUUCUGGUUUAGCAAGAUAAAAAGUAUGAAUGAUGCUCCUUUAUUUUGGCAACAUGGAAGGUAUGUUUUUCUUUUCCAAUAAAAUCCAUAUUUUCAUGAAAUUUUUAAAAAUAAAUUUUUAUUAAUAAUUA